AUGGAAGUUUUCCUUCACAAUCUCCCCAGUCAUCUGACGGACGAAGCUCUAAAAAAGCAGCUUGAACCUUUCGUCAAGCGAUUAGGAAUCGUCGACUAUCUCUGUGAGAAGCCAAAGAGAAAACAAUUCGGGCAUGUUACCUUUCUUCAGCGCAAGGAUGGUGAGAGAUUUAUCCUCGCUCAUGGUCAGGAAGAGCUUCCUCAGGCUAUAGGCUCUCGUGGGCGACCGCGCCUCAAGUCCAAGCUGCAACUGAUGGGCACUGAUGUUUUCUGCGCUCGAAGCAAGCGCCCACCCCAAGAGUUUGCCCUUCGUAGCUUAGAGCAUACGGCUGAGCAACGUACGAAGGAUAGCAUACACAAAUAUGAGGAAGAGAUGUCCGUCUCUCUUGGUCUGCAGGGGUUUAGUUGUGGUUACUGCGAGUUCUCUGGAGAUCAACUGGCCUACGUCCCUGAAGUGCAAUUUCAAGAUACGGGUAUCAUGAAAUUCAAGAAGCGUGUGAUUAUUGUCAAGUUAAGGACUAAUCGCCUCAUUCGAAUUCCUCUCAGUACAGUCGUCAGUCUCAUCUGGUCCCGUAAUGGAGAUUUGACGUUGACUCUUUCCACGGUCCCAUACUUCUUUUCGGUUGAAACUUCUGUUGAUAUUCUGAUGACGAAGGUACAUAAUCUAAGCAUCAACACUCACCGUGUUGCAAAUGGCUCGGCACCUACACGAUUACGCAAGUGCUCACUGGACCAGCGGCAUGCGGAGGUUGUUGGGCAAUGCUUGGAGUACCAGUUCAGAGUCUCCCCAAUUGACCUCCUUGCGGCGAUCCAAGAACUGAAGGACUGGGAGGUAACGAUUAUACACUACGAUCUGAGCGCUCGAGGAACAUCCUACCGGGCGACUUUCGAAGAAUAUAUGAGGCUCCUCAGGAAUCAACUCGCCUCUUAUACCAGGGAGAACUUACUCCCUUUUGGCGUCCUCUGCCAGCUCCAAGCGCUUGUCUAUAACGGGUAUCUCUUGCCACAGACAGUAACUAAUCUGGCAAAUGAGCUUUGGAAAGAAUACAGGGCAAACAAAAAGGCAGGCCGACCACUUAUAUCUGUCCCGGCUAUUCGAAAACUCUUUGACAUGAUACCCUGGCCGUUUCCCCAUGAAGAUCCCACGAACCUUGAAGUUGGAUCUUUGAUGGCCGCACUUCGCCAGAAUGAGAAGGAUAUACAACUGGGCCUCGUGCAGGGACAAGGUGUCUUGGGCCCAACCCAGAAUCUAGCGCUGAUUCACAGGGUAAUGGUAACCCCAACGCGGGUUACCCUCCAUGGCCCAGAACCCGAGCCUUUCAACCGCAUUCUCCGGCGGUUUCCAAACCAUCACGACAAUUUCAUUCGAGUUCAAUUCUGCGACGAAGAGGGAGGUGAUCUAUAUUUUAACUCCAAGGUCAACUUUGAUGAUGUGUUUUCUCGAUUCAAGAAUGUCCUCACUCGUGGAAUCCAGAUUGCAGGCCGGACCUACUCUUUUCUUGGAUGGUCCCAUUCUUCUCUCAGAUCGCAUUCAUUUUCUUCCCCUUUCUUCGACGAAAAUGGCGACUUUCAGACGUAUUUCAGCAUCAUCAAAGCUCUUGGUGACUUUUCCAAGAUAACCUCUCCGGCUCGGUGUGCCGCACGUAUUGGGCAAGCAUUUUCAGAGACGCCGUUUGCCGUCCCAAUCGAGGAAAAUGACAUCAAUAUAGUGGAAGUGCCAGACAUGGUAUCGAAAGAUGGCUCAAGAGUAUUUAGCGAUGGAGUUGGGUCUCUUUCUGUCGACGUCCUCGAUAAGAUAUGGUCAAAUAUACCCUCCAAGAAGGGAAAGCCUACCUGCUUCCAAAUUCGCCUAGGAGGAUCCAAGGGCAUGAUAGCUGUUGAUAGCAGACUUCCUGGCUCUGUCAUACAGGUUCGACCAUCAAUGAUCAAAUUUGAUGGUGAUAUGAGUGACUUGGAGAUCUGCGACAUGGCCGCCAAACCAAUCCCACUUGUCCUAAACCGACAAAUGAUUAAAAUCCUGGAGGAUAUGGGAGUUGCGGAGGAUUGGUUUUUCAAUCUUCAGACUACUCAACUGCAGUACCUUCGGAGGAUCACCGCAAGCGCGCAUAACACUGCUGUGUUCAUUAAAAGACAGGCCAUCGGGUACUGUUUCGGGCUCUUUAGACUGUUUCGUCAAGCUCACCUCCUUCGGAUUGACUACAAAAAGGACCCUUUUCUGCGCUCGUUAGUCGAAGCGGUGGUACUCCGUGAAGUGCGUCUGCUGAAGCACAGGGCCCGCAUUCCUGUAAAAAAGGGAAUAACACUUUUCGGUAUCGUGGACGAGACCGGGUUCUUGCAGAGCGACGAGGUGUACGUGACGUUUGAUACCGUAGAAGGACGGUUUGAGCCACCACCACCACCUGGAAGGCUUCUGGUAACGCGCUCGCCGGCUCUCCAUAACGGAGAUAUACAGCAGGCUUACCAGGUACUUCCACCCGUGAACCAUCCAUUAAGACAACAUCGAAACUGUAUCGUCUUUAGUGCGAUGGGAGACCGUGACCUUCCAAGUAAACUGAGUGGAGGAGAUCUCGACGGCGAUAUCUACAACAUUAUCUGGGAUCCGGAGUCCCGACCGAAACGUACAUUCGAGCCUGCUGACUACCCCCGCGUCGAGCCUCUCAACAUAGGCCGUCUUGUCACGGCCGAUGAUAUGGCUAACUUUUUUAUCGAUUUCAUGAGGACCGAUCAUCUAGGAGUUAUCGCUACAAGGCACAUGAUCCUGGCGGACCAGAAGGAUGAAGGCACGUCUCACCCGGAUUGUAAAAAGCUUGCGCAGUUACAUUCGACGGCGGUGGAUUUUUCGAAGACGGGGAUUCCAGUAGAGUUGAAUGAGCUUCCAAAAGCGAACAACUUCAGGCCAGACUUCUUAGCUCCAGGGCCUCAGACGCACAUCUAUGCGAAAUCAGACAUUUACAUGGAUCGAUAUGUCUUGCAGACCACAUAUGAUGAAGACGAUGACCUCGAGCCACCACGCAAGUACUACAAAUCCGAAAAGGUCCUUGGAAAGCUGUACCGAGCGAUAGACGAGCGAAAAAUCUGGUUCGAUGAAAUCCAUUCAGAAACAGCUCCGGACGAAGACUUAUUCUGGGACGAAUUUAUUUGGUCAACCACCAGGCGGUGCGAUGUAUUUUCGCCAAUUUCAUGCGAGCGUUGGAUAGACGAAGCUCAGCGAAUCCGGUUGGCAUACGAGGACGCAAUCUUUUCCGCAAGAAACAACUACUCCGACCAUCCAGUCAAGCCGCUUAGCGAGCUAGAGGUCUUGAUUGGUUCUGUCAUUAACAAGUCCGGCGUGCAAACUCGUCGACAGCGCGAUCAAUCGCAAAAACUGGCUGAUGAGUUUGAGCGUAUUGCAUCGUGGAUCACGGACCAGAUGCAUAGACAUCGCAAGGUGGAAACCCCGCGUACAAACCAUGAAUCCUGCACAGAGACGUUAGAACUCUGCCUUGCGUGUUUCCAAGUUGCCGGAGAACAGAAUAAUGAUAGCACGUAUCGUCGUAGAAAGGACUAUGGCGAGCUCAAGAGCUUUAGAAUCAUUGCAGCUUGGGCCGAGUCAGAAUCUGCAGGGCCAUUUUAUAGUGUGCUAUCAGAGAAAGAAAAGCUUUUGACCGUCUCGAUCGCUUCUCUGGCAACUUUUUUGUCCCCGCUCUCUGCCAGCAUCUAUUACCCAGGUAUUGAAGAAGUGGCGCGGGAUCUUCAUGUGUCGAACAACAUGAUUAAUCUUACAGUCACUUCCUUCAAGGUCUUUCAAGGAGUCGCACCGUUGGUAACAGCUAGCUUGUCAGAUCAGACGGGUCGUCGAGCUACCCUCAUGAUCAGCUUGAUCCUGUAUAUUGGAAUAAAUGUCGGCCUGGCCGUCCAAACAAGCUUUCUUGCACUCAUCCUACUUCGAUGUCUCCAAAGUAUUUUCAGCAGCACGGUGGUCAUCGUGGGCACUGCAACGACAGCUGAUGUGGUAUCGGGUGCGGAGCGCGGGAAAUAUAUGGCAUACACAGUGCUAGGAGCGACCGUUGGCCCUGCUCUUGGGCCAGUAGUAGGAGGAAUCCUCACGCACUGCUUUGGCUGGCGGAGUGCAUUCUGGUUUUUGACGAUCUUUGCUGGGUUUUUGCUCCUGUUGGUCGUCACACUGCUGCCUGAAACUUGCCGUGCCGUCGUAGGGAAUGGCAGCAUCGCCCCGCAGAAAUGGAACUAUCCAUUGAGUCACGUCCUGUUUCCAGGUCGCCAGUCAACGCCUCCUCAAUACCAGACAAUAACCACCUUCAAGCAGCGUCCGAGCCCUUGGAAUACCCUCAAACUGGUCUGGGACAAAGAAGCUGCAUGCACUAUCCUUUUCAGCGCCAUCAUAUAUGCGGGUUAUCUUUCCAUCACGACGACCCUUCCCUUUGAGCUGGGAAGGCACUAUGGUUUCAAUGCCCUGCAGAUUGGGUUAUGUUAUCUAUCAUACGGAGCCGGAAGCCUGACCUCGCGAUGGACAGCCGGAACCUUGAUGAACUGGAAUUUUCGACGUCUUGCGCAUCAUGUCGGACUUGAUAUCCAUGACAAGAGAGAACUCAAACUUACGAGUUUUCCCUUGGAGAAGGCCAGACUUCAGAUCACUCUCCCACUGAUAUACUUCGCUUCCGUGUUCAUUGUUGUGUAUGCCUGGGUUCUCAACUUUGAAGUUCAGGUGGCUGUGCCGCUCAUCAUGUUGUUCUUGGUGGCUCAUGCAUUAUCCGGGGUUACCAGUACUUUGACGACAUUGAUCAUCGACUGUCAUGCUGAAAAGCCAGCUACUGCCACCGCUGCGACAAACUUUUUCCGAUGCUUGUUUGGAGCUGGUGCGACUGCCGCUGCCGUACCGCUUAUCGAUCGAAUCAAUAUAGGCUGGACAGGGACACUGCUUGCCUUUUUGUACAUCAGUUCGAGCCCGUUAGCAUGGAUGGUGUUCAUUUUUGGGCAUAGUUGGCGGCUUCAAAAGGAAAGGAGGCUUUCUCAAUAA